AUGGAAGAAAAUCAUCAACUUAAAGAGUUACUAAAAAGAUACAAUUGGAAAUUAAAAAGAUACAAGGAACAAAAUGAAAUAUUAAAAAAAGCUUUAAAGGUGGAAAAAGAAAAGAUUAAAUUAGUUUUUCAAAUGUUUGAAAAAAUUCUUGGAAAAAGUGAAAAUGAAAUAAGAGAUUAUGAUUUAAAUGAUAUUAUGCAUACCAUUUCCUCAAUAUCUGAUAUAAAUCAUUUUCAAAACAAUACAUCUAACAAAGAAAAUAGUACAAGUGACUUGACUACUGAAAAUAAUCUUUCUUUUAACGUAGGAAAAAAUAAAAUUGAGAAAGCAAAAAGUCCAUUAUUAUCAAAUACAUCAGAUGAGUAUUGUACAAAUUCAAAAAAAUCAAAUCCUGUUAUAUGUCAAAAAGAAAAAGCAUCUUAUAAUGAAAGUUCACAUCAAAAAUUUGAUAAUUUUAAUAAUGAUGGAAGGACUACUCCUGAGAUACUUGAAAAACUUGAGAAGGAAAUAGAGGCAGUAUCAGAUAGUAUAAAUACGGAUUCAAUGAUAAGAAAAUUUUCAAGUUUAAUGUCUUCAGAAAAUAGAUCAUUAGAAAGUGAUAACAACGGGGAUAGUACUCUUAAUGAUGGAAACAGUAUUUUCUUAGAAGAAAGUGAAAAGACACCUUCUUUUGAUGAAAAAAAUCCAAAAUUAGCUUAUUAUAUUGAAAUACCUGAAAAAAAAUCUAUGCCUUUAGGAACCAAAUAUAGAACAAUAGAGGAAUAUUUAGUAAAUAAUAAAAAUGAUUUUUUGGUAAAGUCACAAGCUCGGCAAAAAAAAAUUAACCAAGCAAGUCAAAUUCGUGCACGGAUUGCAAUUGAAAAACGGGCUGCAGCUGUUGAAGUUUUGUUUGGAAAAAAAACAACUAAAGAUGUUCAAUCAAUAUUAGAAAUGGACACUGCUAAAAUAAAGGCAUUCCCAGAAUCGUGGAUGAGACAAAUAACAAGGAAAUCUUUACAUCGAGCAGGAUAUUUUGAAAAUUUUAAAAAAUUACAAAAAAAAGAAGUGGAAAAGUGUGUUAACCAGUUUAUGGGUAAAGUCUAUUGCGAAAAAAUUAAAAGAGUUCCUUGCAAAAGAUGA